AUGUUGAUAUUAAGCAAUAAUAAUCUCUGUGAAUUCUUUCUUAUUUAAAUUUAGGUCCAAAAGCAAAAUUUGCUUCCAUUUUCUGUAAAUAUAUCAGCAACAGCGACGACUACACUUUUCUAACUGCCCCAAAAUCUGGAAUCGAAGAUUCUCCAUAGACUGUCAACAAUACUGGAACUAUGA